CACGAGCAUCCCAACAUUGGAUUUGGCUCAGUCCCGGGGGUGAGGGCGUGCUUGAGAGAGGGAGAAAAAGAACCAAACAGAACUCUAGCCGGUAUCCCAGGCGUUGUUGCCCAAACAACCUCCCGCACGGAGCUCUCUUUGUAGUCCAGCGUUCGAAUCAAGCACACACUUAAGUGGUACAAGGAAGGCAUCCACGGAAAGGAGAGCUCUCAUCAACACACCGACAGCGGCAAGCAGCACGCACCACACAGCGGCACUUUAUUGCCCCGCCGCGCAGCACCAUGCUCUCGGGAAUGAGAGUGGCCAAGGUUGGGAGCAACAGCCUCCGAAGAAGCGCUGGCGUUAUCAGACCAAGGCAUGCUUCUGCCGCCGCUGCUGCCGGCGAAUUGCACUCGUCGCAGCAAACACCGCUACUGCUAGCGGCGGCAGCAACAACAACAACAACAACAACAACAACACGACGACCCUUCUCGGCGGCGCGCGCGGCUUUGCCGAAAGCGUCGGAGCUUCCGUCGUACGUGCUGAACUGUCCGGAGACGCAGGUCACAACUCUCCCCAACGGGCUGAGGGUAGCCUCCGAGACGAGCCAUGGGGCGACCGCAUCUGUGGGCGUGUGGAUCGAUGCCGGCAGCCGAUACGAGACGCGGGAGAACAACGGGGUGGCCCACUUCCUGGAGCACGUGGCCUUCAAGGGCACCCGCAAGCGCACGCAGACGCAGCUCGAGACGGAGAUCGAGGACAUGGGGGCGCACCUCAACGCCUACACCUCAAGGUGGGAUGAUUAG